AUGGGCUCCGUUUCGCCUCAAGAAGGACCCUCUCAUCUCGGAGAAAACUUGCGAUCCGGUGGUGGUGGUGGUAGCGGCACGCCAUCUCCUGCCCAAAUAUCCGCAUUGAUGAUGCACAACCCGAAACGUGCAUAUCGACAACGAAGAAAGGACCCCAGUUGCGAUGCAUGUCGCGAACGCAAAGUCAAGUGCGACGCCACCGAGACUACCAGCUGUACAGAAUGUUCGAGUCGAAAUGUUCGUUGUCAAUUUACCAAGGACACAAACCGACGCAUGUCCUCCAUCAAACAGGUGCAGGAUUUGGAGAGGCAACUCUCAGACGCUCGGCAGCAGCUGGAUCGGUUUCGUGCUGUUGAGCAGAAACAUGAUUUUCCCUCCGAUUUGCGACCUGACUCGUCCUCUUCCGUUCUCACAGAAUUUCCCACGGUUGGAAAAUCACCUAGAAGAAUGUUAAAAGCGAGACCGCCGCAAGACCUUACAUAUGCGAGAUCACAACUAUUUGACAUUGGUCGUGGGCUUCUGAAACCACCAGUUACUGGUGCUCAACCCCGAACACAUCCUCCUCAAACCCUCGUUUCAGAUUUACCAGCACUCCCAUCACGAACUGCAGCAGAACGACUCCUCCACUAUUAUCAUGAGGGAAUUCAUCGACAAUUCCCCGUGCUACACUGGCCUUCGUUCCAACACAACUUUGCGACGCUCAUGGAACGUGGACUUUCGACUACUCUGCCGAAAGAUUGGUUAGCGUUGCUGUACUCUGUUCUAGCCUGCGGCGCACUCGCCACCCACGACCCCGGCAGACUUCCAGAAGCACAAGAUUAUCUAACGAGGGCAAUCGCGUCGAUCAAUUUCUGGGAAGAUGACGUGUCUCCGAACCAGGCAACUGUGGCGUUCCUCGCCAGCAUUUCGCUUGCUGAGAUGAACCGAAAAUCUGCGAGCUGGAUCUGGCUUGGUUCAGCUGUGCGCAUUAUUCAAGAUCUUGGAUUUCAUGUUCAAGGAGGCCAGUGGUCGUCCAUCGAGGGAGAGACUCGAAAGCGAAUGUGGUAUUCGUUUUACGUUUGGGAUCGGGUUCUGGCAUUGGAACUUGGGAAGCCCAUGUUGAUCAACGAUGAAGAAUUUGACACCGAGUACCCUGAAAUACUCGACGAAGAGCGCCUGGCAGCCGAUGAAACGCAAAAUCCAUUACCACCUACUCUCUUACUCGCAAAUAUUCAUAUCGCCAGAUUAAUGGCACCGCUUUCCAAGAUGUUUCGGACUCUGUGUAUCACCAAUGAUGCACUGGCAAAAUUCGAGAACUAUCUAGGCGACUGCUUGCAACUUUUUCCACGACCACUGCAACUCUCAUCCCCUACACCGCUUGAUCCAUACGAGGAGAUUCUCGCAUACCUCUCAGGCGACCUCCAAGGGACGACAAACUCCUGGGUCUGGGGAAAUGCUGAGACCGGUACGCAUCUCAGCAGACGACAAAAGCAUGGUCGACCAAAGCACGCAAAUUCCGAGCAGGAGUCGCAAGUCGCAAGUGGGCCACAGUCGCCGACUUGGGAUCAUAUGCUGUCAGAGGAAGAGCAGCAUGAUUGGGGCGGAUGGCAGCACCUCGACCGUUCAGUGCAGUAUCUACAACAAUUGACUGAAAGGUCGCGCCUGCAGCGCCAACACGACACUCAUUUACCGCCUCACUUCGCCAGUUCUGACGGGACUAGCAUUAAUACAUCAAUAUCUGGGCCGACAUUAGCCCCGAUCAAUACUACAAAUCAAGCAGGAGAUUCGAAUCGCUCACGAAUGACGAUCGCCAGUAUAAUAUAG